AUGGACAAACCCACGUUGGAAGCUUUCCGUGUGGAGUGUCUCAGGCGCAAGUUUCGCUUUCUAGAAUAUCAUGACAACACGGUGAAUCACCUUUUGGCAACCAACCGGUCCCUGAAUGCUCGCUCUUACCGCAAGUUUCAGCUUGAGUUUCUCAGUUGGUGUAUCACACAGCAAGUGGAUCCAAACCAUUUCACCAUGGCAACACUCAUCAAUUUUCUCUCCACCAUGCGCUCUCGUUACUCAGUGAAUUCAUUACCGCUUAUGCGUACAGCCAUUAUCCAUUUUCAUGUUCAACCAUCACUUUUUCAACAUGAUUCUCAACUCGAACAACUAUUCAACAUAUGGCGUGAAGAAGCACCACCGGUUCCAAUCGAACGUCCCCUACCAUCGGAUCUACAUCGUAUCAACCUCCAAGAUUCCUUUGUUGAUGGCUCUCGUUGUUUACAUCUUUCUGUGGUGGCACCCAAGGAGAAACGGAAUGGUCGUCGUAUUGUUAAGGUGGUGCGCAUCAAGCCAUAUCCUCAAGAUGCUACUUUGUGUCCGGUGACAUUUGAGGCUCUACGGGAUCAUCCUAAUACGGUUAAUCGUCCUCCUGGUGCACUAUUUAUUAGUACCACCAACGCUCGUGUGGCGGCUUCUUGUGAUACCAUAUCUCGUUGGUUACGCAAUGUGGUGUCACGUUCCAUCAAUUCAUCAUCGUCGGCUUCAAGACGACCUGCUAUGCACGUUCUGUGGCUUCGGAUUUGGCGCUCCAACAUGGCAUUCCCUUGA